UUUCCAAUCUCUCCCCUUUCUCUCCCUCCCUCCGGUCGGUGCAUUUUCCCGGGAAAAACUAAAUUUCCGGCACCUAUUCUUUCAUUUUCCCGGAAAAUUGUUAACCAUCGGAUUGCUUAUCAUCGUUAUCGCACAAAUUUUAUCUUGAAUUUCGUUUUCUCUUAUCGUUUGACUUUUUAUUCUUCGUUCAUGAUUGGACCGUGGAAUCUAUCAAAUUGUAGUUUUUAAUUGAACUGUUGGGUUUCGAGUUUUCUCAACAAUUAAACGGAGUGUUUUGGAGGAGGAAAUGGCAAGCCAAGGAGGUUCUUCGAGGAAAAGCAUGUCUUUAUCGAAUUCUUCUGUCGGUGGGAGGAAGAAAGCCGAGAAUGGCGGCCCUGACACUAUACGAAGAUCGUUUUCAGCUUCUCGUACUCUGGGCUUAACUGGAGAACGCACUGUAAAACGGUUGCGGAUGUCAAAGGCCCUUACAGUACCUGAAAGUACAACUGUUCAAGAAGCUUGUCGUCGAAUGGCUGCUCGUAGAGUUGAUGCUUUGUUGCUAACUGACUCCAAUGCAUUACUUUGUGGAAUUCUUACAGACAAGGACAUAGCGACAAGAGUUAUUGCUCGUCAGCUUAAUCUUGAAGAGACACCGGUAUCCAAGGUUAUGACUAGGAACCCAACUUUUGUUCUAUCUGACACCCUUGCUGUGGAAGCCCUCCAAAAGAUGGUGCAAGGAAAAUUCAGACAUCUGCCUGUUGUUGAAAAUGGAGAAGUCAUUGCAUUACUAGAUAUAGCAAAGUGUUUAUAUGAUGCUAUUGCUCGCAUGGAAAGGGCAGCUGAAAAGGGAAAGGCUAUUGCUGCAGCUGUUGAAGGUGUUGAAAAGCAUUGGGGAGCAUCCGUUUCUGGUCCCAAUACAUUUAUUGAGACACUUCGAGAACGGAUGUUCAAGCCAUCUCUAUCUACAAUCAUUGCUGAGAAAACAAAGAUUGUUACAAUUUCACCAACUGACACGGUUUUGAUGGCAACAAAAAAGAUGCUGGAACUUCGAAUGAGCUCUGCUGUUGUAACAGUCGAAAACAAACCACGGGGUAUUUUAACUUCGAAGGAUAUCUUGAUGCGAGUAAUUGCGCAAAAUCUUUCACCUGAGUCAACUCUUGUGGAGACGGUCAUGACUCCUAAUCCAGAAUGUGCAACAAUUGACACACCAAUAGUAGAUGCUCUGCAUGUCAUGCAUGAUGGGAAAUUUUUGCACCUUCCUGUAGUGGAUAGAGAAGGAGUGGUGGUUGCUGUCGUUGAUGUAAUCCAUAUUACUCAUGCUGCUGUGGCCACUGCGGGAAGUACUGCUGGAGCAAAUAAUGAAGCAACAAACACAAUGAUGCAGAAGUUUUGGGACUCUGCUAUGGCCUUAAGUCCACAUGAUGAUGAUGACGAUGAUCGAAGUGAAGGUUCCACGAAAUUUGCUUCUGAAGGAGAAACUGGAAGAUCUCUUCCCUAUCCUUCACCUGGGAUGCCAUGUGGUUUUGCUUUCAAAGUCCAAGAUAAGAAGGGCCGAAUGCAUAGAUUUACUUGUGAUUCUCGAAGUUUGACAGAUCUGAUAACUGCAAUACUUCAGAGGGUGGGGGAUGACAUUGACCGCAACAACCUGCCUCAGAUUCUGUAUGAAGAUGAAGACCAUGACAAAGUUGUUAUGUCAUCAGACAGUGAUCUUGCUGCAGCAGUAGACCAUGCAAGAUUAGCCGGUUUGAAGGGUUUGAAACUGCAUUUAGAUUAUUCAGGAGCAAAUGGUGGUAGGGGGUCUGGAAGUCUGGAUUAUGCUCAUUCAGAUGCAUGGGCUUCUGCAUUCAGUGCUGUCGCAGCUGGGGCUGCUCUAGUUGCUGGUUUAGGAAUAAUGGCAUACAUUAAAAGAGCUGGUCAGUAAUAUUGUCAAAACAUCCACACUAAUUUUUUAUGAUUUAUCAACAGCUGCACAAUUAAGUUUCUCCUUAACUGAAAACCAAACCAGAUUUGGGUUGGGGGAACAGGACAAGCUUCUUGUUUGUAUAUGUUCUAUAGAACAAUAAUCAAAGGGAAAGCCAUUUUUGGGUGCUUAUAGUUAUACUGCAUAAAUGAGUGAAGUCAUUGUUGCAAAGAUUUCAUACAAUGACUGAUUUCGUUCUCUUAUUCUGUUCUGUUUUCUUUUUUAAUUUUAGUCACUGAAGUUCUGCUCUUUCAUCAACUCUGGAGUUGUUGUGUAUAGAAACAAAUGCUAUAAUCCUGUUAUACCAUUCAUUUGAA